CUCUUGAGUUGGCUGGAGUCGGCGUGGAAGCGCUUUGCUCCUCGGCACGAUGUCUACCAAGGUGCCGAUCUACCUGAAGAGGGGCAGCCGGAAGGGGAAGAAGGAGAAGCUCCGCGACAUCCUCUCCUCCGACAUGAUCAGCCCGCCCUUGGGGGACUUCAGGCACACGAUUCACAUCGGCAGCGGCGGGGAGAGCGACAUGUUUGGGGACAUCUCCUUCCUUCAGGGCAAGUUUCAUCUCCUCCCCAGGACCGAAGGCAGCCUUGACUCUGACAAGGACAGCCCCGACGCGGCGCCGUUCGAGUUCUCCAGGACGGCCACCAUCUCCGGGCGCGAUUUGCCCGUCACCGGGGGGCCGCAGGCGUUGAUCCGGCCCUCGGCGCAAGCCCCCCCGAAACCGCCACGGUUGCACCUCGAUGACAAAGCCCCGCCGGUGCGAGGCCGGGAAGGUGGGGAGGAGGACGGCGAGGGCAGGAGCGCCGCCCCGCUGCCACAUCCCUGCGCCUCGCGUUUCGCUGCCCCGACAAACGGCUUCACCGAGGAGAAGGGCAACGCCGAGCCGCCCUUCCUCUCCCACGCCGGCUCCCUCCUCUCCCUCCACGUGGAUUUGGGGCCGUCCAUUUUGGAGGACGUCCUGCAAGUGAUGGAGAAACAUCAAGCAGAGAGAGUGGGUGGAUCUAUACAGGAUUCGGGCAGGCAGGAAAUCUUGACGUGAAGACGACUCAAGAGCCCGUCGUGCAAACGGGACGUGAGCGCUCAUCCUCCGCGCCGCUCCCCGCAGACCUCCAGCUAUUCCCUCAGCCCGGGGAGAAAAAAAAAAAACAACCACCCACCCUACGAAGCCAAGACGAAACACGCAGCGCUCGCUGCCGGAUUAUAUCGCCGCUUGCCCGUAUCAACUUCGCCUUUAGCGAUGGAUCGAACCGUAGGACCGCGCCGACCGGUAGAAAAUAAGACGUGGCGCCGUUAUCAGUGUUUGUUGUACUGGACGGGGUGAAACAGCGACGGUUGAGUUCCCAAACGUCUCGGUCGGGAGGAGUUUUGGGGUUUCGGGGGUUUUUUUUUUGCUCGAAGAGGGGCUGCGGUUUGCACUCAGUCGAGGCGAAGGUGUGACGCUCGCUGUUUGCCAACCACCCGAAUCAUCAAGGUGAUGUCAAAUGUCAGCCUGGGACUUGAUUUAAUUUUUUAAAGAUCCUACAAACGGGUAAAUCUAGGGGUUACGUGGCAAAAGGCUCCAUCGGGCUUUAAUGUUGCGUUGUCUCUAAGGAGAAGCUAAAAGCUCUCUGCGGAGAAGCUAAAAAAACCCUCUCGGGCUGUGUUUUGGCAACUAAAUCCGUGGCUGGAGCUUGGGGUUGGAAUUUAAAGUCGUAAAUAAGAUGCAAACAACAACAGAAAAAAAAACGUUAAGUG